ACUACAUAAGAGCACGUUCCCUUGCACACCCAGCAGAACCAAGGAAACAGUAGCUAACUGAAGACAUCCUAUCUCCUUCAGAGUUCUGGUUUGAUUCCACUCUGCACCGCCAAGAUCUCUUCACAGAGCCACGACCACACAUCCAGCCAUGCGGUUCAACCUAAUGUUCAUUCUAAUCCUAGCCUGUCUAUGCGUCACGCUGGCCCAAGGUUCCUAUGAAGACUGCUGUCUGAAGUACGUGCGGAAGGUGAGGAAGACUGCUUUGAGGUUGGUGACGAGUUACAGGAGGCAGGAGACAGACGGGGGCUGCAACAUCCACGCUAUUGUGUUCACCAUGAAGAGAGGCAGGUUGUUCUGUGCUGACCCUGGAGAGAAGUGGGUGAAUGAACUGAUGCAGAAGGUUGAAACCAAGAAGAGUAAAAAGCACAUGAAGGGGCUAAAGAAGCCAAGAGGCUAGAAGCUCUGCCUUCGAGACCGUGUCGUCUAUAACCUUUUACUCUGCCAUCCUGCCGUGACGAGUCCUGUUGUAAAUCAGUACGAUUUUUGAUGAUGUCUGGUCAUUUGAGGGACAUUUUUGCUUUUCUACUGCAGAAGGCAUCUGCUGCUUUAACAGAGAUCUAACUGGCAAUGAUGCAUGUUUUCUGCUACUGUGCAGUUCUGCUAUUCCUUUAACAGACACCCAUACCUGUUGAAGCCAGCCCAGCCAUUCCGUAUGGCUGCAUUUUACUGUAUAGCAAUCCUGUCGGAACCUGUGUGUGUGUGUGUGCGUGUGUGUGUGCGUGUGUGUGUGAGUGUGUGUGCGUGUGCGUGUGUGCGUGUGUGCGUGUGUGUGUGUGCGUGUGUGUAUGCGUGUGUGUGCGCGCGCGCGCGUGUGUGUGAGCAUGUGAGUGUGUGAGCGUGUGUUUGUACAGUUUUUUGUGUGUAGCAUAAAACCAGUGAUGUAAAAAGUACCCAAUUGUCAUACUUGAGUAAAAGUAAAGAAACCUUAAUAGAAAAUGACUCAAGUAAAAGUGAAAGUCACCCAGUAAAUUACUACUUGAGUAAAAGUAAAAGUAUUUGGUUUUAAAUAUACUUAAGUAUCAAAAGUAAAUGUCAUUACUAAAAUAUACUUAAGUAUCAAAAGUAAAAGUAAAAUAAUAAAAAAUUCCUUAUAUUAUUUAAGCAAACCGCACGGCAUCGUUUUAUUGUUUUCCUUUAUUUAUGGAUAGCCAGGGGAACACUCCAACACUCAGACAUCAUUUACAGAGAGCCAGGGGCCCACUCCAACACUCAGACAUCAUUUACAGAUAGCCAGGGGCACACUCCAACACUCAGACAUUAUUUACAGAGAGCCAGGGGCACACUCCAACACUCAGACAUCAUUUACAGAUAGCCAGGGGCACACUCCAACACUCAGACAUUAUUUACAGAGAGCCAGGGGCCCACUCCAACACUCAGACAUCAUUUACAGAUAGCCUGGGGCACACUCCAACACUCAGACAUCAUUUACAGAGAGCCAGGGGAACACUCCAACACUCAGACAUCAUUUACAGAGAGCCAGGGGCACACUCCAACACUCAGACAUUAUUUACAGAGAGCCAGGGGAACACUCCAACACUCAGACAUCAUUUACAGAGAGCCAGGGGCACACUCCAACACUCAGACAUUAUUUACAGAGAGCCAGGGGAACACUCCAACACUCAGACAUCAUUUACAGAGAGCCAGGGGCACACUCCAACACUCAGACAUUAUUUACAGAUAGCCAGGGGCACACUCCAACACUCAGACAUCAUUUACAGAGAGCCAGGGGAACACUCCAACACUCAGACAUCAUUUACAGAGAGCCAGGGGCACACUCCAACACUCAGACAUUAUUUACAGAUAGCCAGGGGCACACUCCAACACUCAGACAUCAUUUACAGAGAGCCAGGGGCAUACUCCAACACUCAGACAUUAUUUACAGAUAGCCAGGGGCACACUCCAACACUCAGACAUCAUUUACAGAUAGCCAGGGGCACACUCCAACACUCAGACAUCAUUUACAAGCAAAGCAUGUGUGUUUAGUGAGUCCAUCAGAUCAGAGGCAGUAGGGAUGACCAGAGAUGUUCUCUUGAUAAGGGCGUGAAUUAGUCCAUUUUCCUGUCCUGCUAAGCAUUCAAAAUGUACUUUUGGGUGUCAGGGAAAAUGUAAGGAGUGAAAAGUACAUUAUUUUCUUCAGGAAUGUAGUGAAGUUAAACUAAAAGUUGUCAAAAAUAUAAAUAGUAAAGUAAAGUAAAGAUGACCCCAAAAAGUAUUUUUACUUAAGUACUUUACACCACUGCAUAAAAUCUGGUAUUGCAUUUCACUGUAAGGUCGGCGCAUGUGAGAAAUACAAUUUGAUUUGAUUUGUAUUGAACAUAGCACCACCAAGUAUAAGUGCCUCCAAUUUUUGAAUGAAAUCUCUUUUGUAUUUGUGUAUUCCUUGUAUGUUUUGAUACUGUAGAUUUUUGUCAAAUGUAUAUUUUUCUCGUUUGUUAUAUUGCUUUUCACUAACAAAUACUAAUAAAGUUGUUUACUUCGUUUCA